ACGUGAAUAUAUAUGAAACACAUGUUGUCUUAAACAACACACAUUCACAAUUGAGAACGAAUGAAUCAUUUCGAUUGAGAUUGCAUCCAGGGCAUCACACAGGAGAUUCUAUUUUAGAGCAGCUUAAAAUUGGCAUGGUAUCUCAGAUGGCAUUGGACUACAUGCAUCUCGUGUGUUUAGGUGUCACCAAAAGAUUGUUAAGUCUGUGGGUGAAAGGUUCGAGAGAUGUCCAAUUAGAUAACAAAGCGACUGAAAGGGUAAGUGAAUUUUUGGUAAGUUAUAAAAAAUGUGUAACUCCUGAGUUUUCUAGGUUACCAAGAUCUCCUAAAGAUGUUAACUAUUGGAAGGCCAACGAGUUCAGGCUAUAUGGAGCUGGCCGGAUGACUUACAACACCCACAAUUUGAUACAUCUUCCGGCUGAUGUGAUGAAUUUCAAAUGUAGCUUAGAUCGGUUCAGCUGAUUUCCUUUUGAAAGCUAUUUCAAGAAGGUACAAGAUAAGCUGCAGAACUCGCCGAAACCUAUCCACCAGCUGGUCAACAGAAUGACUGAAGAGGAGAUGCUUGAAGCAAUCUUUGCUAAUGAGCAGAGAUAUCCAAA